GAUGAUUAGGCAGCGGCCACCGAGGCGAAGGACCGCAUGGACCGUCGUGUGGUUCCUCACAUUGCAGUCCGCCAGGGUGCUGCCGUCCUCCAGCUGCUUCCCGCCAUAAACAACCCGGAGCAGGGCCGGCGGGACGCCAUCCUUGUCAGAAAUCUUCUCCUUGACGGUCCAGACGGUGUCCGAGAGCUCCAGAUCUCUGAGGUAAAGGACCGCCCCGCGGGGCCCCCUGACGAAGAUGUCGAUGGGCCAGGUCACGGCCAGGUGCAGCGUGCUCUCCUCCUUCACGCCGUGCUCCUCCAGGGAGCGCCCGUCGUCUUUGUCCAGCAUUUUCCCGGCCAAGACGGCGUCCAGUCAUCGGUCGCGCCCCGGCCCUCCAUCGAAGCGGGCGCUCGACGCCCGUCGCGCCUGAGAAGGAAUCGGCGCCGUCCCUGAGGAAGAGGAGGGACGGAUGCGGCGCCCUAGUGAAUGCCGUCCACCGCGGAGCCGAUGCUCCCGCCAGACGAGCUGCGGCGGCUCGUCCGGUUCCGGUGUCCGGCGCUGUUCGUGCAGAAUCAGAACUGUCAGGAUGGUUCUGAUGGCUUAUCGAUUUACCCAUGUCAGGCUGCAGUGUUCUCAUCAGUUGGUGCUCAUCCAUAUUCUGGUGUACCGGCGUGGAAUAUCUACGGUUUCCCUUUGUAUUUUACAGCACAUCGAGAUCUUAAUGUGGUGGUACGUUCAUCCCAGAGCAACCUGCGUCUGCAAGAUGAUAAUGAUUGAUUUUUCAAAUCGGGGGAUUAUUUGUUGCUGGAAGAACAGCCUAGUGAUGCAGGUAGCGAAAAGUUCUGUGCACUCUGCUUGAUGAGAUCCUCUCCAGGAUCUGAGAGAAAAACUUCAUCCAAGUAAAAAUCAGUACUUGUCUCCUCGAAAGAUGCUGCAAGAAAAGGAUGCUUUGGUAGGAUUUGGCAAGUAUUCAGAGUCGGUGUCAUGUGGCGUAACAUCUUUAGUUUAAGGAUGUCGUCAAGCUUAUGGAGAGAGAGGGAGAGGGAGAGGGAGAGACCGGCAGCUGCGGCAAGAAGCUCGAGCAUGGCCGAUGGCAUCGGAGAGUUCGGC